AUGAUUCUUUUUUUCUCUCUUCUUCCCUUUUCCGAUAUGCUAGUCCAUUUUCUUACCUCUUCACUCUUCUCACUUCUUGAAUUUAUCAUUUUUAUCUCUAUCCUUUCUUUCUUCUUCUAUUUCUCCCUCCCUUCAUUCCUUCUUUCUUUUCUUCUCUCUCUUCCACCCUUUCUUCCUUCAUUCGUCCUUCCCUCUCUCCUUCCCCUCUUUCCUUCCUUCCUCCCUUCCUUCCUUCCUUCUUUCUUUUCUCCUUCACUCUCAUCCACCUUUUCUUCCUUCCUCGCUUCCUUCCUUCAUCCUUCCCUCUCUCCUUCCCCUCUUUCCUUCCUCCCUUCCUUCCUUCUUUCUUUUCUUCUUCCCUCUCGUGCACUCUUUCUUUCCUUCUUCCUCCUUCCCUCUCUCCCUCCCCUCUUUCCUUCCUACUUCCUUCCUUCUUUUUUCUUCUUCCCUCUCUUCCACCUUUUCUUCCUUCCUCGCUUCCUUCCUUCCUCCUUCCCUCUCUCCUUCCCAUCUUUCCUUUAUCCCUUCCUUUCUUCUUUCUUUUCUUCUUCACUCUCAUCCACCUUUUCUUCCUUCCUCGCUUCCUUCCUUCCUCCUUCCCUCUCUCCUUCCCUUCUUUCCUUCCUCCCUCCCUUCCUUCUUUCUUUUCUUCUGACCAUUCCCUCACCUCAUUCGGUCAUUGCUUUUCCUUUUUGUUCCCUUUCCCAUUCCUCUGUAUUUUUUUCAUGUUUUCUUCUUCACUUUCUCAUUCAUCAUUUUUCACGUUUCCGUUCCUUUUUUGUUGUUGUUUCUUUCUUUUUUUGCUUUGUUUCUUUCUCGCUUUCUUUUACUCGAUAUUUCUUUAUUUUCUAUUUCUUUUCUCAUUUUCCUUCACUCCCUCUGGUUAAUCGCCUAACUUUUUGCUCACAUCUCUUCCUCCUUAUCAUCUCCUCACGCUAA